AUGCUACCGAGUACUUUCGAAGUUGUAACAUCCAUCCUAGUAACUGCAAUAACAUCCAAUACGGUAAAUACCACCGAGCAUACAACAAUAUCAUUGGCAACCAACGCCACAAUCAUAGCAACAUCUACAUCUAUAGAUACUACGACACCAGAAGUGGACACGACUGAAGUCAGUACCACAGCGUCAUUGGCAACCAAUAUCUCGAUCUCGCCCAGAUUGACAUUAGCGUCUACACCAAAUCCUUCGCCAUCCACUAGGCCUACCGCAUCCACAGCGCCAGCAACUUUUACUUCCACCAGCACCGUAUCAACAUCAUCAGCUUCUCCUAGUAUCACAUCAACAAUCUCCAUGUCCACUAGUCCCAGAUCAACAUCAACUUCACGGAUUACAAUUUCAACUAGUUUAACAACGUUGACUUCAACUAAUACCACAUCUACUUCUACAUCAACAGCAGUAUCAUCAAUGUCAACCACUGCUACGGCAUACACUCCUGAUGUUUGCCGUAAUUCAUCACAAGUAGCAUUGCCCAAUGGCACUUGUGUUUCUUAUGCCGCUGGGCAGGAAUAUUCAGCUGGAAUACUACACAGGGGCAAUGCAAGUUCUGUCGAUCUAGCAGAUGCUCUUUCAUUGUAUGUAGCAUCGAUAAAUAAUGCAAAUAUGUCAAGGGACGCUAAUAGUACUGUAUCUAUCAAUAUAAUAGAGGAGUCGCUGCGUAAUCUCAAUAAUACAAGUAUUACAAUUAGUUCUGAUACUUCUUUUGUCAUUGCUCAACCGCUGAAUCACAGUUCAAAUGAUAUUAUAUUGGGUGCAAGAUUUCAACGUGGUUUCAGUGGUGCUUCGGUGACGAAUUCUACUAAAGAUUCUUCAUUACAUUCAAACAUCACUGUGGCUGCUGUUAUUGCUGAACAAUCUUUGCUGAAUGUGAAAUCUCUGCAAAUGUUCAUUAUUGAUAAACCAACUAUGUACGAAAAUGUUGACAAGAAAACAAAUAAGUCACUUGCCUCUUCGGUUGUCAUUGGUUCAGUUCAACCAAUCAGUUCCGCAUCUGUUCCAAUGAAUAUUUCUUUAUAUUUUAAAAUAUCACCAGAGUAUCAGCCUAAUGUAAGUGCCACAUAUCUAUGUUCAUUCUAUGACAUCAGUAACUCGCGUUGGAACGAAACUGGUUGUACCAAUCCACUAUUCAAUCCUGCAUUCAGCCGAUAUGAAUGUAGUUGUAAUCAUCUAACUUCGUUUGCUCUUAUUUGGCUGCCACAAUCACAAAUUGGAUCAUAUGGACGUACUAUGAGAGCAGCUGAUAUUGCAUCACUUGUGUUUCAAUCUGUGUCUAUUGUGUGCUUCUUAAUUGUUAUUAUUCAUUCUAUUGCCGUUCGAGCUAUGAAUCCAUCAUUGAAAUUUCAAGCCAUUAACCUACUUCCAUUGAUUUCUGCUGCAAGUACAACUAUUCUCUUUAUAUUCUAUAUCGCCCUGGGCAUGACAGUUUAUACUCAAACACCAUCUGAAAACGAAACAAAGUGUUUUCUAAAUUCGAGUGUCUUGAUGUUUUUCGUUUAUUUCCUUUUAAUAUUUAUGUUCUGUACUAAAACAAGUAUUGGUUACUUCAAUUAUCUUCGAUUUGUACAUCUUUUUCAUGAACCAAAACUGCGUCUACUCUAUAGUUUACUUAUUAUUUCAUUUCUUGUCUCAAUCACUUGGGUUUCGUUUGCUGCUGGCUUUAAUGCAAACGCAUCAUUCAGCAUUACUCAAUUAUAUCCAUAUCAACUUUGUUGGUUUACUCAUGAUGUUAUUUACUAUUUCAUGACAAUACCUGUUUGUUUAUUUCUUCUACUAAAUAUUUUUACGAUUAUUUUUGUCAGUAAACAUAUUAUUGCUCAUGCUCGAAAUGCUACGACGCGACAUCAGUCGUAUGAACGAAUGAAACAGUGUGUACUUAUCUUAUUAUCAUCGUGUGUGACACAAGGUAUUGGAUGGUUGUUUGGGCCAUUUAUUUCAUUUGUGAGUCCAACCGGUGGAGACGUUUUAGAAUGGUUUUUCAUUAUAUUUAAUGGAUUGGAAGGUGUUUGGUCUAUAAUUCUAUAUAUAAUAAUUCAAUUACAAGGAAUGGAAGAACAGAAACGUGUUACAGCUAUUGUUGAACUUACUAAAACAUCGAGUAUUGGUGUUAGCAAAGGUGAAAAAUCAUCUAGUAAAAAUGCUAGAAGAAAAGAUAAUGCUGAAAGAGAAAACUCAGGAAUAGUAGAACGUAAUAUAUGGCAAGAAUCAGUACAUGGCUUUGAUUCUAUUAAUAAAACUGCACACAUUCACCGUUCGAUUGAUGGAAGUUUUCGUAAUGAUCAAUUCGGAGACGACAAUACCAUUUAG